AUGCCGGCCGUCCGCACAGCUCCGCUGAACAACCCCAGCCAAGUGUUGUGCAGCGAAGAUGAAAGCGACAUCAGCCCGCUCACUGACGCUUCCGUCGUCUUCACAACUCUCUCCAAAAGGAUGCGACCCAAGAAGAUUCCAUUCGAUGAACUGCCCGCUCUUUAUGAAUUCACAACGGCUUCUGACAUCAUGAUCUCCCUGAUCAAGAUGAACACCUGGGGAGAUGAGGCCUUCGACGAGCCGAGAGCUCAGGCUCAAUACUUCUACGCCAUCAAGGAAAUUAACGUUGGAGGAAGGUUAAUACUUAUGGGCAUUCGCUGGGUUUCAUCGGGUUCAGUGGGCAUCCUGCGAUGUUACUGUCAGCACAACACAGACGGCGUCGACUGCGAGAAGUGCCUGCCCUUCUACAACGACCUCCCCUGGAAGAGAGGCACAAUGAGGGAGCCAUUCGAGUGCAAACCUUGCAACUGCAACGGUCUGUCAGACACGUGCGAGUUCGAUGCAGACCUUUACAGCCAAACAGGGUACGGUGGCAGGUGCACUGAUUGCAGGGAGAAUACCUCGGGUCCCCAUUGCGAGUUUUGCGCGGUCGGCUUCUACAAGGAUCACAAUUACAACAGAUGUUUUCCCUGUUUUUGCAACAUUCAAGGUUCCGUGAACGAGCAGUGUGAGAUGGGAGGGGCUUGCCUCUGCAAGGAGGGGGUACAUGGGGAGAAAUGUGACCUUUGCCUGCCUUACCACUACAAUCUCACCAUCACCGGUUGCGAUCAAUGCAGAUGCAACUACGCUGGAAUCUUGGAAGGCACGGAGAGGUUAUGUGAUGCAAACAGUGGCCAGUGCAUGUGUAAGGAGUUCGUGCAGGGACAGAACUGUGAUGAGUGCAAACCAGGAUAUUUUGGACUUGCAUAUGACAAUGCACUCGGUUGCACAAAAUGCUUCUGCUACGGUCACUCCUCAGAAUGCUCUCUGCACGAUGGCUACCACAUCAUGGAGAUCAAAUCUUCAUUCAGAUUGGGGUCCGAUGGAUGGAAGGGAGAGGCAGGGAGCGAAGACGCAGUUGAUGUCGAACAUCUGAGUGAGAACAACGAGAUAACAUUGGGGGGUGCUGAUGCUGCUGCCAGGUCACACUACUUUGUCGCACCAGCCAACUUUCUCGGAGACAUCCACCAGAGUCACAACCUCCUGCUCACCUUUGACCUCCGCAUCUCAUCCUCAAACCGGCCAGUCCAGCCCCAAAUCAACGACAUCAUGAUUGUUGGGGGCAAUGGAGUGACCCUUCAGACCCCCAUCUACAGCCAGGGCAACCCCAUUCCAAAUGAGUACGUGCAGCAUUACAAGUUUGUGUUGGGAGAACAUCAAAACUACCAAUGGCAUCCCAUCGGUAUGAGUAAUGUGGAGUUCGCUAGAGUCCUCUUCAAUGUUACUGCCAUCAAGAUCAAGGCGGUCUACAGCGACGAUGGAGCUGGCUUCUUGAGUAACGUCGUCUUACAAACAGUAUCAAGCUCAUCUUACACUGAGAACGAAGGUUCAAACGUGGUAGCCGUGGAGUUCUGCAAGUGUCCAGAGGGUUACGUUGGUCAGUUUUGCGAGUCGUGUGCCCCCGGCUAUAAAAGACAUGUACCCCACUCUGGUGCCUUUGGUGUCUGCGUGCCCUGCCAAUGUAAUGGGCAUUCUGAUCACUGCGAGGCUGAAUCAGGUCAGUGCAUGUGUGAGCACAGCACGACUGGCACCAACUGCGAACUCUGCAUGGAUGGGUACUAUGGGAACGCCAUGAAUGGAACAGCUGAUGACUGCACCCCCUGUGGCUGUCCCGAUGGUAACAAAUGUAUCUUCAUGGAGGCCACUCAAGAAGUCGUCUGCCUCGAUUGUGCGGAUGGAUACGGAGGUUUGCAAUGCGAUGUUUGUGACGAUGGAUAUUACGCUCAUGGAGAGUAUGAUGGGAACAGCGGGACCCCACUGCUCUGCAAGAAGUGCCAGUGCAACAACAACGCAGAUCCAAACGACGUCGCUCAGUGCCAUUACGAGACAGGGAAGUGUUUGAAGUGCCUGUACAACACGACCGGUGAUGCCUGCCAGCACUGCCUGCCAGGAUUUUAUGGAGCUGCUGUCGAUGAACCGCAUGGAGCUUGUUACGCUUGCGACUGCUACCACAUCGGAACCUUACCGGAGGAACUGGAAGUUGAGAGGAACAACCAGAUCGAAAACAACGGCUACAUUUCAAACUUGCUGACCUGUGAGCGCGACUCAGGUCAGUGCAGAUGUCGUGAUAAUGUGGUCGGCAGGAGGUGUGACCAGUGCUUGGAUGGCACGUGGAACAUUGCCAGUGGAGAAGGGUGUGAGGAUUGUAGUUGCAAUCUCAUUGGCUCGUUCAACUCGUCAUGUGACGUACGAACUGGCCAAUGCCAUUGCAAGCCCGGUGUUGGUGGAGCUAAAUGUGACCAAUGUCUGCCUUACUACUAUGGAUUCAGUGAUAGUGGAUGCUCAAAAUGUUCGUGUGAUUUCUACGGAUCGUUCAGUUUGGAGUGCCACAACGAUACAGGGCUGUGCCCGUGCAGGCAUAAUUACGAGGGCAGGGCAUGCGAUCAGUGUGCUAUUAAUAGAUACAACUUGAAGGCUGGGUGUGUCGAAUGUCCAGUAUGUUAUGGUAAGGUCCGAGACGUCUACCAGGGCAUUCAGACUGACUUGAAUGACAUUCAGAGGCUCGUGCUGCAGGCUGGCAACUUGACGACGGUGACGUUGGAUGACGACGAUGACCCCAAGUUAAAGGACGAGGUCAGACAGAAAGUUCAAAAGUUACUUGAAUCGGUCAAGAGCAGUGAAGAAUUGGAUAUAACUUUGAAAUUGAAAAAUGAAUGCGAGUCAAUAAAGGAAUUGAAAGCAAAGUUGGAUAGAGUGGACUACAAAAUAUUCCACCUCAACUCCACCCUCAAAAACGCCAAAAAGGAAGUGGACACCGCUGAAUCCUUACUAGAAAGUGCUGAAGAAUCCAUUGAUGAACAGAGGAAAAAGUUGAAGAAAGAAGGAGACGAGGAGUUGGAGACAAUCAAGAGGUUGAAGGAAACAUCAGGCAGACAGUCCAAGGAGAUCACCAGCCUGGCUUCCGACGCCAGGAGCCAUGUGACUCUUUUGAAGCAGCAGAAGGAAGUGAUGGAGAACUGCUCGGCCUCCUUCUCCAACGUCACAGAUGAGAUACACAAGAUAGAAAUUGAACUGGCCAGGCAACAAAUCAACCAUACCGAGCAGAUGAAAAAUUUAAAUGCAGUAUUUGAACACAGCAAAAACCUGUUGAAGAUUGUGCAAAAGAAUUCAACCGAUAUCUUGGCGGCGUCAACGAUUAUACAUAAUGACACACAUUUCUUUUUGAAAGAGGUGUAUGAUACAGAAAUGCCAAAAAUCAAUGUUGAUGAGCUCAGUUCAGCUGUUGCAGAUAUAGAAGCAGAGGAAGAAACAUCACUUGUCGACAAACUCUCUGCAGAACUGAGCGAGAACAAAAACGAAAUAGAAAGAGUGAGGGCCAACGUAUCAGACUCCACCUACCAGAUGGGCCUCUACUUAGAGGAGUACAACGACCUGAAAAUGCAAAUCGAACUGAAAUUCAACGACGCCAACGAAACAGAGCACUCCAUUAAAGACACUGUCACCAAAUCUGAAGAAACGUUGAAUAAAUUGGAAACGUUCGAGGCAGAGCGCCAGAGCAAGAAAAAAGCUGCGGACGAUGCGAAGACAAAAUUGAACGAUAUUAACCUGUCAGUGGCCACAUCAGAGAAGGCCCUGACGGACGUGAGCAGAGACCUGUGGGAAAACAACGCACUCAACGAUGUGACCGCUUCUGCCUCAUUUUUGUUAGACGUUAUGGAAUCGUUCAAUAAAACAAAAAAGAUUUACGAGAACAACGUGGAAACUUACAUGAAUAGUUUGAAUGAAUCUGAAAUUAUGCUUGCUGAACACGAAGUACAUUUUGCUGAAUUAGACAAAGCCGAGCUGUUGUUGAAUAAUUUUGAGGAGAAAAAUGAAGAGGAGUAUGCAAAAAUGGAAAAGAUUCAUAUUGAUGUGGGUGAAACGCUCAUUACUCUGGAAGAAGAUAUUGAGUAUGUCUGUAAGGAAGGAGAAGAAAAUGUUAACGCUGUGAUCCAUAACCUGAAUAAAUUGGAGCCAUUUAACAUGGCAAACUUUAAGAGGUGUCAAGAUGAAAUGGAAAAGAACACAGAUAAGUUGAGGAUGACCAACUUCAACGAACGUUUCAUCACCCUCAAAGAAAGGGGCGACCAUUACAAGAAAAUGACGGAGGCCUACCGCGAGGAGAUGACGAGACUGACGAACGAGGUGAACAUGUUGGAAACCAUCUCCAAGGCCAUCCCUUGGACCUGCGUCACCACAGAGGAACUGGAAGUGGCACCCAUCUCAUGGUCGAAUAUGUAAGAGGUUUUGCAGCUAUCUAUAUUUUUACGUAAUGAUCAAACAACGAAUUAUCAGUCACAUUCAUACGAACGAAUAUAGCAACACAGCCAUUCAAACAAGCUAAUUCAUAUUCUUUUAUUCUUUGCAUAUAUAUAUAAAUAUAUAUUUAUAUAUGUAUAUAACCCUAUAACAUUAGGUUAUUGUUCUAAUUUAAUCACAAAAAAUUGCACGGCAUUAACAAGUUUGUCUAGCGUUGACAUGUUUUAAACGCGUUCAUAAUAUGAAAUAUAUGUAGCAAGGCUGUUAAAAAUUUAAAGCUCUACACUUUUGUCCAAUAUCUCACAUGUGACCAAUUUAAUAAUAUCAGGCAAUUAGAUUUCUUGUAGUUGUUAUAUUUUUAAGCUAAUUGGUUAUUGUUGCGAUGCUUUUUAUUUUAUUUAUAUUAUUAUUAUUAUGCCGAUGUUUUACAUUGCUAAUAUUAUCAGUUGACGUAAUUUAAUGAAUAGUUUUUUAAAUUUGUGAAGUCCAUUAGAAGAAAAGUAUGACUUGACGUCAUCUUUCUACUAAUUGAAGUACUUUUCAACUAUCAUACAUCGCAGUUUGACACGAUUCACAAUGUAUGUACGGUACAAAUGUAUACAACGAAUAUUUCUUCAAUUCUCUAUACAUGGUUUGAAAUGUUUUCUGUACAAUAAACUGCUGAUUUGGUUGUAAAAAUGUUGCCUCCUCCUCUAAAAGACACACUCGGCUGAGAUUU